UAUUAUGUCCCCGAGAUAUCAAUAAGUUAUCAAUAAUAGCAAGAUAAGAAGAAGAAAAUUGGGCAACUUCAACAGAAAUCACAAGAAAUUUAGCCAGUUUUCCAAGAUCACGCCUGAGAAUUGGGUGUUAGAAAUAAAAGCGAAAAGAUAAAAUGAAGGAAAUUCUACUAGUGAUUAGUCUCAUGACUCUCGCCCAAGGGAUUUAUGGGUUGUCUUGUGUUAAAUGCGACUCAAGCUUCGAUGAAAGCUGCCACUUUUUGCAAGCUCCAAAUCGAGCGACUGAAUGUGCUGGAGGACUGCCAGAAGGAACUGAAGAUAGAUGCUUUAUUCAAUUCACGGAAAUGGGCAUAACACUUCGAGGAUGUUUAUCUGAGAAUCCUCAUAUGCUGGAAGUUUGUGAAAGUGGAACGGGAAAUUGUCAAUUUUGUUCAGGCGAUCAGUGCAACAUUGAUCAGACACGGAGGGAAGUUUGUGCGAUCUGUGAUUCAUCCACAGAUCCCAAUUGUGCUACCUCACCAGCUUCUUCAGCCCAAAUCUGUCCAUUUGUCUAUUAUUACGAAGUUGGAGGUUGCUAUCUGCACAAGAAAACCGAUGGAACCAUCCAGAGAGGAUGCAUGGUUUCUGCGACAAAUGAUCUAAUCGGUAUUUGCCGAGAUGGGGAAGAGUGCAAAAUUUGCCGAGGGCCUACCUGCAACACUAAACUGGACUUCCAGGAGUGUCAUGUUUGUGAUUCUGCAGCUGGAUCUGGGGACUUAUCGUGCUUGAGCAAUCCAGGAAAUAGCCCAACAGCCGUCUGUCGAGAAUAUGGGGAUCAAUGUGCUCAACUUGUAGUGCCUAAUGGCAAAACUGUCCGGGGAUGUUCUCAAGAACUCGAUGAGGACAUCUCAACCUUCUGUCCUAGCAACAAUUGUGAACUCUGCACAACGAACAAUUGUAACAAUGUCAUCUUCCCCUCUGAUCGCAUUUCCUGCUAUCAGUGCAAUGAUCCGGAAGAUUGUGACAAGGAUAUGGGCAGUAUAGGACGUCAAGCUGAAGUUUGUCAGAACUACAACUUUGACGAUCAAUGCUAUACUGUUCAGGACGGAGAAACAGUCUAUCGGGGAUGUAUGUCAGAUGUAAGCCAAGAGAAGACAGUCUGUGAAAUGGCUGGAGAUUCAUGUGCCAAAUGUUCAGAGAGUGGAUGCAAUUUUGCCGCAAUUGUUCCACCAACUGAACCACCAACAACUACAACUACUACAACUGAAGCAACAACCCCAGCCCCGUUGUUGCGUUGCCAUCAAUGCAUUGGACUCAUCAAUACUGGAUGCUCCUAUUAUCAGCAACCUUUACAAUCCUACAAUUGCAACAAUAAUCUACCGCCAGGAGAAACUCAAAGAUGCUACACCAGUGUUCAAGGAAAUGUUGUUCAUCGUGGAUGCACCUCAGACGGAUUCUGCAAUUCCAAUGAUUGUGAAUUUUGCGACUUCCAUGACUGCAAUGACGGCAGUAAAGCAACAAUGAGUUGCAUUCAGUGCAAUUCACUUCAAGGAAAUGAUGAAGAUGGAGAAAGGUGCAAAAAUGAACCUGAAGACAUUACAUCAACCCCUUGUCCAUUAGACAAAUACUACAGGGAAACAGACAGUGGAUGCUACAGCGUCAGUUACAAUCAAACUGACAAUUCUGGAGAAUUAAUAACGUCAUAUGUCGAACGUGGAUGCAUCUACAAUAAUGCCCUUGCUACAAGAUGCUAUGACGAUGAAGACGACUCUUGCGUUCUCUGCCAAGGAGAUGGUUGCAAUAUCCAUGAGGUUAGUUUCAGUCCAAAACUGAUACCAACAACAGCAAUUCUACUUCUUCCAUUUAUUCUUGUGACCAAACUGAUAAAGCAAUAGUCAUCAGAGAGAUAGGGAUGUUAUUGAAUGAGAGGCAAAUAAAGAUAUGAACUCUGUCCAUUGAUAAA